CAAAAAAGUGUGGCGAUGUCUACCAGUGAUUUAUUUCAAGAAGAGAAAAAGAUUGAAGGAAAAUUAAUUCAAAGUGAAGAGAAGAUGGAGAUGUUACAGAGGGAUGUGGACAGUGUUCAAAAGAAACAGGAACAAACUGCCAACGAUCUUAAGGAAAUUGAGCAAAAAAUUGCAAUAAAAGAGCGAGAGAUGCAGAAACACGUUGUGAAGGUUUCUCUAAAAAGAUCUGGUGUGGGUUUCCUGGCCUCCUUGGUUCCAUGUGUUCGUUCUGUUGUUAAAUCCAUUUAUGAUGUUGCAUCUACCCCUGGAAAUACUCGUAAAUCCCAUGAACUCAAUACCGAACUAUCUCGUCUCAGAUCUGAAAAGAGCUUACUGGCCAACAGAGAUUACAAAUUGCAAGACAAACUGACGGAUCUUAAGCUGAAGUUGACCAGCUGUAAAAUGCAGAUGGGUGAAUAUGUUGACAUGAAGGAUGUCCAGGACAAUUUUUCUCAGAUCCGUAAAAUUCUGGUCCAGCUUAAAGACUUUUGGGUGAAAAUGGGAGUUCAGUUGCAGUAUCUGAAAGACAAGACCUUUGUUGAUGAGUCCUUUGUUGAUGAGUUUUAUGAUGAUGACAUGAAGGAUGAGUUUCUGCAUUCUAUUGAAAUAGCUGGAGAGUACUGGAAGGAAUUUGGUGAAGGCUGUAAGAAAGCAGAGUGCAUCUUCAGCGUUCAAUCUAAGAAUGCAUAUUUAUUCCUGGAGACUAAUCCUUCAGCACUAUCAGAUGAUGAAUGGGAUGAGCAGUAUCACUUAGUAAUUGAGAAGCUUAAGGAGUUGAGCAAUCAGGCUUCGUCCACAGCCGCCAUCCCUGCACUACCACAGGAGCAGCCACCUGAAUAUAAUUGUUGGGUUGUUCCACCCCAGGAACCCCUACAAAUUUACCAACCUCCAGCAACCUAUCAAACCCAAAUGUUUUACCAACCCCAAGUGAUUUACCCAUCCCAAGUGACUUACCAACCCCAGGUGACUUAUCAACCUCAAGUGACUUACCCGCCCCAAGUGACUUACCAACCCCAAGUGACUUACCAAUCCCAAGUGAUGUACCCACCCCAAGUGACUUACCAAUCCCAAGUGAUGUACCCACCCCAAGUGACUUACCAAUCCCAAGUGAUUUACCAACCAUAAGUGACUAACCAAUCCCUGGUGAUUUAGCAACCCCAAGUGACUUAACAACCCAAACUGACUUACCAACCCAAAGUGACUUACCAAUCCCUGGUAAUUUACCAACCAUAACUGAUUAACCAAUCCCUGGUGAUUUAGCAACCCCAAGUGACUUACCAACCCAAAGUGAUUUACCAAUCCCUGGUGAUUUACCAACCAAGUGAUUUACCAACCCAAAGUGACUUACCAAACACAAAGUGGCUUACCAACCCAAAGUGACUUACCAACCCAAAAUUUUUUUACCAACCCAAAGUGACUUACCAACCCCAAAGUGACUUUCCAACCCAACGUGACUUACCAGUCCCAAGUGACUUACCAACCCAAAGUGAUUUACCAAUCCCUGUUGAUUUACCAACCAAGUGAUUUACCAACCCAAAGUGACUUACCAACUGCAAAGUGACUUACCAACCCUAAAAUUAUUUACCAACCCAAUGUGACUUACCAACCCAAAGUGACUUACCAACCCCAAAUUUUUUUACCGACCCAAAGUGACUUACCAACCCCAAAGUGACUUACCAACCCAACGUGACUUUCCAAUCCCAAGUGACUUACCAACUCCAAGUGACUUACCAACCCAAAGUGAUUUAUCAAUCCCUGGUGAUUUACCAACCAAGGGAUUUACCAACCCAAAGUGACUUACCAACCCCAAAAUUAUUUACCAACCCAAAGUGAUUUACCAGCCCAACGUGACUUACCAAUCCCAAGUGACUUACCGACUCAACGUGACUUACCAACUCCAAGUGAUUUACCAACCCAACGU